AUGAUGGCGGAGCCGCGCCGGGUGCCGUUAAUUAGUCUGUCACCCGUGAGGCGGCGAGAAGGCGAGACUCCGGUGCUCGAGCGAGAGCCUGGAGGGGGUCGCGAGGCGGAGCAGCCAUUGGUGUGUGAGGCCCUGAAACUGCCAGAACAGCCGCCGCAGCAACACCACCACCACCUCCACCACCACGAUAGUGGCCGAGCAGAGCCUCCACCGCAGCCCUUCGAGUCCUGCUCCCGACUGGAGUUACAGUCGGCGGUGAUACCGCGCGAGGUCAGCCGGCCUGAGCAGACGCCGAAGCCGCUGCUGCCACCUCAGCGUGAGCCGCCAAGGCCAGAGCCGCCGCCGCCGCCGCCGCCUCCGCCUCCGUCGAACCAGCCGUUGCAGCUCGAGAGCAACCGGCAAGAGUCGCCGCCGUCGCCCCCGCGUCAGACGGUUCGCCUGGAGUUGGUGCUGAAGGACCCCACCGAGGAGAGCUGUGUGGAGUUCAGCUAUCCCGAGCUGCUGUUGUGUGGCGAGCCCCGGGUACGGGACCUGCUAACCAAAUUCCUCCCUCUCCAUCUUGACUCAUAUUUAUUACUCUUGUCCCUUAGCUUGAGCGCUGUGUGAACGAAACGAAUGAUGGGGAAAUGAAAGCGCUUGCUCGGAAGAGCCUAUGAGGAUAUAAGAGCUUAAACGCUGCUAGAGUUACCCUGUCAAAUUAUAGUGACCAUGUAGGAACAAGCUUUUUUUUGCUGUGUGACCCUUUGAUCCAAAUCAGAGUCCAAAGAAAUCCAUCAGUUGGCAUAUUGACCUGUGUGAGGCUCAAAUAUAUUUAUAUUGCCAGGGCAGCUCCCAGGGUGCACACAUUUUACUUAAUUUGUCUUCAGUUAAUUCUUUUAGAAACAUUCUUCACCUGCAUUACAUAAAUUAUCUGUUCUAUUAUUUGGUGUUUGUGAGCAUUUCACCAUGGGACUUAUCCAGAGUGUUCAUUCAACCUUGCCACCUUUGUGGUGCCAGGGCACAAUCAUAGAAUCGUAGAGUUGGAAGGGAUCCUGAGGGUCAUCUAGUUCAACCCCCUGCUAUGCAGGAAUCAUUUGGCCAAUGUAGGGCUUGAACCCAUGACCCUGAAGAGUAAGAGUCUCAGACUGUAACGACUGAGCUAUAAGAAGCUACCCUACAUGAACGUACCUGCAUGGCUGUGCCAGGGUACCAUAGUCUGUGUAGGAAGAGUGGCGAUCGUGUACAAAACUGAACCCAGUAUAGGUUCUUGUACUUCAAACUGUACACAGGUCAGGAAGUUCCCUUGUUAUAAGCCGAUAGAAUGGCUUAAAUUUGUGAGAGUAGCCUAAUUUGUUAAAACUAGUUGUAAACAGUUAAAGUGGCUAAGGAGAAAGGAAGUCAGUAUAUAUUAAGGCUAAUUACUUGGUUGUAACUAUUAAAUAUAUUGGUGACAAGUUAGUUAUAACAUUUUAAAACACCUUGCCUUAGACUUCAGAGCCUGGUGCUGCUUAGAUAUCAGGCUUACUCUUACAAUUCUGUAGGAGGCUGAUAGCAUUGAGGGUUAGUGUACUUGUUCUUGCAAGAAAGGAUGACUGAGAAUUUUCAGCGUUGCAUAAAAAAUUGAAUUACAGUCACAUUUGACUGUUAUGAAAUAGACCAGUAUAUGAAGAUAUUCUGACUCUGUUGCUUUGUACUUUAGAGAAACUUGUCUAAGGAAAAUAUUUCAGAAUAGCUAGUGGAAAUAUUAAUUGUAAAGUUCCAACUAAAAUUGGCAGGGCUACUAGGCUGAAUUACCUACAUGAGUUCCAUAAAAUUAUCUAAUUACUUUUCUCUGGAGUUCUCAAAGCGUUGAUGCUAGAUAAAACACUGCCAUGGCCAGUCCAUUGGAAGGAAUGGUAGCAUUUCUUCUUCCUAAACAGAGACUAAUUACAGUUAAUCACUGUUUGUACUGCUGGUAAUUUGUCUAUAAGAAGCUAUUGUGUGUCUAUACUAGUUAUACUGCUGGUAGUUUGUCCAUACGAAGCUGAACUGUUCUCUGCAUUUGGUUUGGUGUCCAGUGCAGAUUUGGGUUCUUUAAAUGGCUCAUUGUGGUUCCUUCUCUAAGACUUAAAGUGGAAUAUUUUAACUGCCACUUAAUAGCAUUUUGGAGAAAGUGAAUUUUGAGUUCCACAAGCGGUGUUGUAGCCUUAUCUACAGAAAUGCAGGGUUUGUGCAGUUCUGAGAAAUGGAUAAAAGCUGUGGAUAAUUCACAAUCCUUAUUACACUGAGGAACAUCUAAUAGCUACCGUAUUUUUUGCUCUAUAAGACUCACUUUUUCCCUCCUAAAAAGUAAGGGGAAAUGUGUGUGCGUCUUAUGGAGCGAAUGCAGGUUGCGCAGCUAUCCCAGAAGCCAGAACAGGAAGAGGGAUCGCUGCUUUCGCUGUGCAGCAACCCCUCUUGCUGUUCUGGCUUCUGAAAUUCAGAAUAUUUUUUCCCUUGUUUUCCUCCUCCAAAAACUAGGUGGGUCUUAUGGUCUGGUGCGUCUUAUAGAGCGAAAAAUACGGCAGUUGAUACAUUUCUUUGGGCCACAUUUUCUUCACUCACAAGAAGGUCUACCUAUGUGAGUGAUGUAAUAUAUAAUCCCGGAUUUAUGGAUUGGUCUUGAGUGCAAAUUAACUAACAGUGCACAGUGUUAAGAUCCUGGGUUGUGUUGUGUUGGCUGCGUGAAUCUUUCUAGGAGUGAAGAAAAUGGAUCCUAAUUCAAGAUUAAAUUGUGCUUAGGAUGUGUUGCUAAAUAUCUGAGCUGUAGUACCUUCAGCUCACUAGUUGACCACUGAGAAUGUUCACAUAGGUGGCUGCUAUCAAGAUUAGCCUGUGUUUGUAUUCCAUCACUAGAAAGAAUUUGAUACUUUUUGUGUUCUCUUAUACAAUCUGGUCCUCUUUAUAUGGAUCCUAAGGGUGGCAUUGUGCAGUUUAACCAAGUGUACCCCUCUUAACGUUAUGGAAUAUAAUCUUAUAUGGUCUGAGGAGUAAUUUCAUGUCCAUUUGCCCUUUGCUUUUCUGCUUUCUCACUUGCUGUAGUUUAUUCUUCUUUGUAGGCCCGCAUACUUGGAGUAUUGCAAAUUAUCAUUGAGUGUUUUGUUAAAAAAAAUACAUCUAUAAUCUGAAAUAUUCUCAUACAAAGCACAUUAAAUUGAAACGCCCAGGCAGUGUAUAACAUAUUUUUACCUGAGUGCUUUGCCCAAAAGCUGACUGAAGGUUUUGAUUUUAAUUAUUAAAAGAGAUAAUAUAAAAUGGCACAGACAAUUGUUGUUCUUGGAGGCAGAUGCAGGAAUGCCCAUGAAUGAUUUUACAGACCACGUGUGGGAUCACUGGCCAUAUGCGAACAGCAGAUCUUUGCUCAUUGUGAAACAAUAUUGAAUAUGUGGAGAGGUUAAUGAAACAAAGGAAAUAAAACUAGCUGAAUUACAAAUGAAUUGUUUAAGCACAGCCUUGUAUUCCUAAACAUUGUUGAAUUUUGUGCAGCUGGAUCCACCUAUGCUUUUCCUUUUCCACAGUAGUGGGAAGGCAAAGCAAGAGAACACUUGUGGAAUUGUGAAAUGCCCUACGUAGUAUUUAAUUGUUUAUCACUGGACCAUUAUGUGCUACGUUAGGUCAUGUUAGGAGCGUGUCAUGUAGCAAACUAUAGGGAUUUGGUCACUAUGGUUGUGGUCCAACACCCUUAUCUGCUAAACCACACAUGUGCCAUAUGUCUGAAAGCACAGCCUUAAGAACACAAGAUGACCCUGUCUGGAUCAAACCAAAGGCCUACCAAGUCCAAUAUUUUGUUCCUGCAGUGGCCAGUCAGAUGUCUAUGGGAAGCACACAAGCAGGACAUGGCUGCAACAGCCCUCUGCACUCAUUUCCCCCAGCAACUGGCAUUCAGAGGCAUGCUGCCUCUGCGGCUGGAGGUAAUACAUAGUCAUCAUAACAAUUAAGCAUUGAUAGCUGUAUCCAGUUUGAAUGUGUCUAAUCCCCUUUUAAAGUCAUCCAAGCUAGAGGCCAUCAGUGCAUCUAUACUGAUGGGGAAUUCUAUAGUUAAACUGUGUGCUAUGCUUCCUUUUGUCUCUUCUGACUCUCACACCUUUCAACUUCAUUAAAUGAUCCUGGGUAGUUGCAUUUCAUGAGAGGGACAAAAACCUCUCCCUGUCUGCUUUCUUGUAUACAUAAUCUUGUAUACCCAUACCCACUGUUUUUUUCUAAGCUACAAAGCCCUUUUUUGUAUCUUUUCUUUAAAGUAGGAUUGCUCUAGCCCCUUGGUUGCCUUUUUUCUGCAUCUUUUCCAACUCUACAAUAUUCUUUUUGAGGUGUUGUGGCCAGAGCAGCACACAAUAUUCCAAAGGUGGUUGCACCACAAAAUUAUGAAAGGGUGUUAACGAUAUUGGCAGGUUUAUUUUCAUACCCUUUCCUAAUGAUUCCCAACCUGAAAUUUACCUUAAAAAUAAAAAAAAAAUCAGUGUGGAUACCCAGCCCACAAUCCAUUCAGUUGAGUGGUUCCCUUGAAUGCAUCUAGCCCUGACCAUGCUGCAAGGACAGUAAAGUUCAUUGACCUUUAAUCUUUAAAAAUCCAUCUGAAAUUGAUUAGUCUUUUAUAGUUGCUUCCUAGAUUCUACUGACUAUCACAGAGAGCAUUUUAUUUUGUAAAUAACUUUGACUCACACACUUACAGGACCUUCGCCUGCAGCUGCUCUCUUAGAAAUAUGAUCAGGCAUAAUAACUUGGGGAAUGUAGUUUUCAAUCGUUCAACCUGUGAUGAAACUGAAUAAAACCUACAAACUCUCAGGAACUUGUGAAUACGGGGAGUAAAGGGACUUCUCAUAGUUUUGUUUUGAAAGCUAACAUACUUUCUAUCUCUACUUAGAAUAAUGUAGCCUGAAUGAAAAAUUUGAGCAUGCUAUGGCAUGAAAUAGGGACGUGGGUGGAGUUGUGGUCUAAACCACUGAGCCUAGGACUUGCUGGUCGGAAGGUUGGCGGUUCGAAUCCCCGCAACGGGGUGAGCGCCCGUUGCUCGGUCCCAGCUCCUGCCAACCUAGCAGUUCAAAAGCACGUCAAAGUGCAAGUCGAUAAAGAGGUACCACUCCGGCGGGAAGGUAAAUGGUGUUUCCGUGCGCUGCUGUGGUUGCACCAGAAGCGGCUUAGUCAUGCUGGCCACAUGACCCGGAAAAACUGUCUGCGGACAAACAUCGGCUCCCUCGGCUAGUAAAGUGAGCUGAGCACCGCAACCGCAGAGUCAUUCGCGACUGGACUUAACUGUCAGGGGUCCUUACCUUUUUUAUGACAUGAAUUCUCUGCAAACCGUCAGUUAUCAAUAUUGAUAUUUUACAUUCAAAUGAGAAUCCUAAGUAUGUAUGAGUUGGAUGUUGAAUGUUGUUGUUGUUGUAAAACAAUAAUAAUUCAUAAGUUGACUGCCAUCUCACCUGGAAAAAGAGCUUUCAGAAAGCUUUCUCUAAAAUGCAAGUUCUAAUCACGAGGCCCUUUAUCCCAGUUUUGCAAUAUAUAGUCUCUGUAGCCCAGCUUUUAUGAUAUUGGAUCAGAAGUAAUUCUCACUGGCUUUUGGUAAACAAUGUGAGCCUGGAGUGCUGUGCACAGCCUCCAUGACACUGCUCUGGAGUAAGAGCAGGGACUUGCAUUCUUUCUGUGUGUCUCCUGCCAAUAGAUGCAGUAUUUAGAAAUAACAUUUGGGAAGCCAGCAGGCAUGUUUAAAGUGACUCUGGAUAAGUGUGUGUGUUCUGCAGCAGAUGCCCAGUUGUUUCAUUUGUUGUGGGUACCAGUUGCUUUACACACAGUAGUCAGUAACCAAUGUCUUUUUACCAAUGUGGCAUUUCUGUUGAGAAAUCUCUUAUUUGAAUUACAGCCUGCCUUUGUAAUGAAAUAACAUAAGGUGGCUUACAAAAAUAUUAAUACAUUAAAGAUAAAAUACAGAAUUAAAACUCACAGCAGUUUUACCACUGCUUCCACCUAAACUUUAAGGGCAUGUAAUGUGAACCCAACCUACGUAUCUUUGUCCCACCAUGUGGGUAAACUUUUGCACAUGUGGUAAAUUGUGUCGUACAGCAAAGGAACACAAACUGCUCUCUGACUGCAGCAGUGCCCUGUCUUUGAAUCAAUAUUUUCAUGCUCUGUGUGUGUAUUCUUUGAAAACUUGAGUGCACAUCUUUCUUUCUUAAAAGCUAUUUUUUAAUGCUUUAUUGGUUGAAAACUUUAUAACAGAAAUAUGAAAUAGAUAUUAUAGGCAAAAUAAGAAAUACAAAAUAAACAAUUAUUCAUUCUUUAACUAAUACUUGCUUUGUACAUCCAUUUGUGAUUAGAUUUGACAAGACCGCCAAUCUUCCCCUUGCGUUCCCAAAUUAAGUUCCUUAAAUACACGCUUAAACUUUACUUUCUCUGUUAUUUGACUUACUAUAAAUUUUAUUUUAUAAAAUUAUCCUACUUACACACUGAAGCUCAAUCAAGACCUACCAACAGAUUGAUCUUUUGACAGUGUUCUUUUACAUAUACUCUGUAUAUAUCCCACUCUCUGAUAAUUUUUUCUUUCUUAAAUACUAAAAUGCGACAAAGAUAAUUCUCAACAACUGGGCUGUCCAAGUGGCACAUUACCAACCCCACAUAUAUUAUGGCAGGAUAGAUUACAUUGUUGGCACAUUAUUGUUAGCAGGCAAAGUUCUUUAGAUCUCGGUGCUUGGAUUGGUUAUAUAUAAAAUGAGAGUGCCAGAAUUUUACAACAGUAUACCGGUAAUUCCUUAGCUCAGUCCUACAGCGAAUUGUCACCUUGUCCCUACCAAACGCAUGUGCAAUUUGCAACUGUCCCCACCCAAUUUCUUGUCCCUCCAACAUCCAUGACAAUUCCACAUGACAUUACUUUUCCAAAUGCUUCAUGCUAUCUCCCUCUUUCUAUCUUAUACAAAACCUAGUUCUAAUUCUUUUUAAAACAAAACAAAGCACUGGGCAUUUCUGGAAAUGUUUCCCAAGUAGCCUUGUCAAAUGGCCAUCAAAACUGCUAGUGCAUUUAGGUGCUACUUGUAAAGGUACUCAUAAUUGGGCUGGCUUGCACAUAACACUAAGCCAUAGUUUAGUCUAUGUGCACUGAGCUCCCCAUUCCUCUCCUUUUCCCACAUGGUGGAGUGGGGUGGGGAGUUCAGCAUUUACUUCUAGGUAUCAUGAAUCCUGAUUCAUUGCAUGUGAACUGGGGAUCCUGGUUUGAAAGAAACACUUGAGUUGUAAAGCAAGCCAUCUUCAGUGGCUUGUCUAACCUGAAUUUGUUUCAACUUUUGUUUCCUUGCCUCUUCAGCCACAUAUCACAAACCUUUAGAAAUGUGCGGAAGAAUUACGUAAAUUGUUUACAUUUAUAAACUGUAUAGUUCAAAACAAUGGAUUAUCUUUUUUCAUGAGCAGAUAGGUUUGCUGUUUGAUCCUUAUCUACCUUGGCUUGUAGAACAGUGUAUUUUUUCAUUAUUUUAGAUGGUUGCUGCUUUCCUGAUUCUGAAGGGCUUCAAAACUGUAGAAUACAUGCUCUUGUUAAAUUAGCAGUGACACAUUGGUACAUUGUUUCUAGAAAUAUACCUUUUCUGAGGUUUUGUGAGAUGGCUUGUAGAAAGUUCUAUGAAAUAUAAUUCUUCAGCCCAAUUAUUUGAGUUCUUGGUCUUCAAAGGAUGGCGAAGCAUCACCUUUUGCUGAAACUUGUGCCAUGACAAAUGCAAAAAGUUUUUAUAUUGUAGUUCUCUGAUAGAAAAAGGAUAAAAGUACAAGGCAAAUGGGUCUUGUAGUGUGUUGGCUACAGAUUUGUUAUUUUGUAAGAACUAUUUUUUCCCCAUACUGGAAGCUGGGCUGCUAUCAAUAGUUUCCUGGUUUGUAUGGAAUGAGAAACCAUGCUUAUUUAGAGGCAUCCUGGUUUGCUCAUGCUGCCACCCUGAGACCUUAUGGUGAAGGGCAAGUAAAAAAUCUAAUUACCAUCAUCAUAAAUAGAUUCUGAAAGUAGGCAAAUUUGCCUUAGUUUGUUGAAGGUGAAUUCUAACUUUAACCUUUAUAUGCAUGUCAAGCAGACUAGGAAAAGUGACUGAUUUACACUGGUUGAUUGACUAAGUGAAUUUCAUAAACAAAAUGCUUGAAUGUAGAAAAAAAGAAAAUUGACAAUGGAACUUAAUGAACAAAUAGACAAUUAAAUUGCUAUUUUUCAGAUAUUUCAUCUUACUGUCUUACUGGUAUUUCAUUGACAAUGAAGUGGUCAAGUUAUAUCAGAUGUAAUAAAAUGUAUGGCUUUGCCUUCAUUGCAGACAGCACUCCAACUUAUUUGGCAUACGUCAUGCUUCUAAAUACAUAUGCUAAGUUGGGAAGGGCAGCUAAUUAUUCUGAUGCCUUGAUCUUAGAGACACAUAUUUCAAACCAACUCUUAAUGAUUCCAUUAGAAUUUACUUUAAAGUAGGGGUGGCUUGCUUUUUUUCUUUUUUCUUUUGCCUAAGGGCAACAUUCACUCUCAGCCAGCUCUCUUGGGGGCCAAAUGACAGCAGUGGGUGUUGGGGCCCCACAUUUUUUCAUGUACACUAUUGCAUUCACAUACUAUGCUGAUACACUUGCACACGCGCACAUACACAGAGACAGAGAGAGAGAGAGAGAGAGACAGGGUACACCCACACAUUUUACCACCUUUCUGCUUAUAAAAUAAUCAAUCUCAUAGGUAUCCCUGUCAAGGUGCUGGGCUUUGCCCAUCACAGUGCGGAGCCUACUUUAAUAUUUUUCUUUUUGCUGCCACUGCUAAGACUGGUGGGAUCUUGGAGGGUCAGAAAGAUUUGGUUGGAGGGUGCAAACUGUAGGUAAGGCAUCCCUUCUUUAAAGUUUCUAGUACUGGUUUGUUACAGUGUUAAACUGAACUUGUUGCAAAGGCUGCUUCCUCACCAAAGAUGCAUUCAUAAAAUAAACUGUACUGAUUCUGUGGCUUCUUUACUCAUUUGUAUUGUGCAUAUAUGAAUUUAAACAAUGACUGUGAUUUCUGGGGUUUUCUCCUUAGAUAAAAUCUGCUUUUUCUGAAGAUCCAUUUAAUGAUGAAGAGCGUGAGAGGCAUGAAGUGGAAAUGCUGGCUAAGAAAUUGGAAACAAAAUACGUGAGUAAACAGAUUUAUUAUGUUGCUCUAAGUCUGGCUGUUCAUAUUUUAUAGGUGUUCUUACUAAAGCCACUUGGUACAUUCUGAAGAAUUCAGAUUUCGUAAUUUCUCAUAUAAUUUAGUACAUGGUGUCACAUGUGUUAUAAAACUUAGUUAAUAUUGUUAGAUUUUGGCUGCAGUUCUACUUCUUGAUGGAAAGAGGCUACAGAGAGACAACACAUGGAACUCCAGUGCCACUGGAUACAUUACUGUUGUUCUGGGAUUACAAUGACAUGUUGGGCCAGUUGCAAUAAACAAAGUCCCCUUUAUGCUUACUCCUCCUUGCCCCCAGUGGUUAGACUACUUGCAUAGGGAGCAAGAUAAAAUUGGUGGCUACAUAUUUCAACAGGGCGUUCUGGAAACUAGAAAGCCUUGGUUUGUUGUGGUUAGACAUAGCGGGUUAUAGCUCACCCAGCACAGCAGCCAUUUGCUUAGUGUGGAGGGCAGCUGAAAGAAAAACAAAACAAAGUCAAUUACAUUUUUAAAUAAGAAAUUGUAUUGAGAGAAUGGACUAAUUUAAUUUUUCAUCAUUCUGGGUACUUUUUGUAGAAGAAGAAGAUAUAAAUAAUAUUUGUUAUUCAGCAUAAUCCUACUCAUCCAUCUCCAGUGACACUACUCUCUAUUUAGUCUAUCUUAACCUCUAUCCUAUCAUAAUCUUUCAUAAAUGAAAUCCUGUCUAGAAUGAGGUCAUUGAAUUGUCAUUGUUGAGCUGUUAAGCUUGGAAUUGUUAACCUGUGACUAUAAGAGUUAUCUAGUACUGUAUAAACUUUCAUGCCUAUAUUUUUGAAAGAGGAUUGUGGAUUUUGAGAACUUGAAUGCAGCAGCAAGAUAAAUUAUUUUCUGCUAUUCUGUAAAUCCAAAAUGUGGGAGGCAGUGGAAGACAGGAGUGCCUGCCGUGCUCUGGUCCAUGGGGUCACGAAGAGUCGGACACUACUAAACAACAACAACAUACUGUAAAUUGCUGGAUUGUGUCAAUAAUGAAGUAGCACCAAAAGUUUCCCCUGUCUGAUGCCCUAUAGUGCCUGUGUCUGCCAUAUAUUAACUUGGUUGGCACCAGUACCUCAGUGGUUUCAAGUUGUAAAUAUUGUGUUGCAGGGUGGAAAGACCCACAAGCAUCGGAAGGACCGUGUUCAGGAUCUAAUAGACAUAGGCUAUGGUUAUGAUGAAACUGAUCCUUUCAUUGAUAAUUCAGAGGCUGUGAGUAAAAUUUAUUUGUUACACUUGUAUGCUGCCCUCUUUCAAUCAUUCCAAUCAGUGUUCAGGGGGUUGCCUAUGAUCACCAUUCCAGGCACUAGCAGUUUUGCAAACCUUUUUUACUUUAGAGAUGAAAUUACAUCAAAUGCCUUCAUGCUAUUUUAAUCUAUUUUGUGGAAAGGGGGAUUAGUUCAUAUAUCAGUUCUCACACUGGUUGCAUUUAGCAGUCUGGCUUUAGCCUAUAUCACAACAAUUUACAACAUCAGUGACUAAGAGCAAGGCCUUUAUGCUGGGGUUCUGGCCUUUGGAACUAGGCCCAGAAAAAGCAGUUGGCCAGGUCAGGUGCUGGCCAGGAGCCCCUCAUUGCUCUGACACAGCAACACCACCAUUCACUGCCCUCCCGGCUGUGCCCCCAGGUGCUUUAUAGCAGUACCACUUUUGAAUAAGUGCUAAAUUUGGUUCCCAUCUGUGGUGGCCACCCAUCAUUUAAAAUUACCCAGAAUUACCCUGGCCCAUGGAUAUAUGAAAUUUAUUGAGUUCAUAGAUCUAUAGUCUGGGUAGCACUAUAGAUCUAUGAAAGCUAUAGAUUUAAGGCUGGAACAUUGCAUUUUCAUUAAUUUAAGAUAGUGGGAUGUCACUAUGGAUAGGGGCCAAAUUUGGCUCCUGUUCAAAAGCACUGCCUCCCAUCCAUGGCUGAAGCAUAUAUUGGGGUCAGGGGAGGAUAGUGAGUGGUGCCGUUGCUGCCCAUGGCAGAAAAAGUAUGUGACAGCAGUCACUUCUGCUGUCACAAGCAGUUCUGAGUCCUGCCCUCAUUGGGGUGGUGUUGGAGUGGCAUAUUUGGCACUGUGCUGAGCAUCCUCAAAGUCUGACUCUGGUCCUAUUUGGAACAAUCUGCCAAUAGAUGUCAGGAAGUGUUCUCUGUCUUCUGUUUGUAAGCAGACCUUUUUAUUUCAGCUUGUAUUCAGCUGCCUUCGUUUGGGAAGCUAUGGCUAAGGUUUACUUACAUUUUUUGUUGUAAUGGUUUUAUAUUUAUUCUGUAGUUCAUAUAAAAACUAUUAAAAUAAUCAAAUUUAUCCUUGAGUAUAAUUGUGUGUCAAAAAGAAGCAUAUAAUGUUUUAAAAUAAAAUUAUCUUCUGGGUUUGAGAGAAAAGCUAAAAGGCAAAUGGUUUACACUAUAUUUUAUUUGGAAAGAAACCUUAUUGUGUUCAAUGGGGCUUGCUGCCUAGGAAGUGUGUUUAGGAUUGCAAACUUAGUAUGAUGUUUCUAGAAUGUGAUGUGAGCUAAAUCUUGUUAAAUGUCAACAUUUACCUGUUAAGCAUGGAAUUAUAGUGAGAUGAUUAUUUUUUAUGAUUUACAAUAUGUGCCAGAAACAAUUGUUCCACUAAUGUUGUUGGAUGCUUGCCAAUGUGCCCUGGUAAAUGAUAGAAAUUAGGAUGGCAUUUGAUAUUAGCUAGAGGCACUUGAUGAGGGAUCUUGAGAUUUUCUGUUUUCCAGCUGGCUUUAUAAAACAUUGAUAAUAGAUUAAUAUAAAUUUUCACAUUUACCCUAAUAGCUUUACAUUAUGUCAUGGCUCUGCUAUGUUACAGCCAAUGUAUGUAAUGGUUUGAGAUUAUUCUAUUUUUGUAUGUGGAUAUAAUGUUGUCAGCACUGCAGUAUCUCAGCAUUGCCUUCAUCCAAAUAUUAUUCUGUUUUUAAUAUGCUUUGUGAGCUGUACAGUCCUGGCAGUUAUUUUCUCCACACUAGUAUGGUGUUAUUACUGUAUUUGGUUAGUUUAAUAUCCUGUUCAUUGUAUGGCAGUAUAGCAAAUGCAUUAUUUCCAUAUUAACAAAAUGGUAAUGAUCUCUUGACCUAAACCUUCCAUUUCCUUCCCAGUAUGAUGAAUUGGUACCUGCAUCCUUAACUACUAAAUAUGGAGGGUUUUACAUAAACACUGGGACUCUGCAGUUCCGGCAAGCAUCUGAUUCUGAAGAGGAAGACUUAACAGAAAGCAAAAAAAAUAGACCAUCUAAAGUGAGUAAAUAAUUUAUUCCAAGAAAAAUUUAGAGAUGUCACAGGUUUGCUGUGAAGAUUCUAAAGCACCUCACUUAUUACGUUGAAGUAUUUCAGUUUUCACAUUAAAGUAAACAUACUAUUUAAUACAAAUACCACAAUAUUUAUGUUCAUUUAGCUGGCUGUCUCUAUGUCCCCUUGCUUUUGAAAAUUCUAAGAAGAUGCUUGAUGAAUGUGUGAAGCUGAAUUUACUGAGUCAGAUCAUUAAUCCAUCUAGCUCAAAACUGUCUACUCUUAGUAAGAAGAGUGUUUCACAGUUGCUUCCUGAAGUCCUACCAUCCAGAAAUGCUAGGGAUUGAGCCUGAGAUCUUCUGCAAGCAAAGCUGAGUUGUAGCCUCUCCCCAUUUGAUUUUAACGGUUAUGAAAAGAAGAUCAAAAUCAGCACCUUGAAUUGUGCCUAGAAAAGAAUAGUGAGUUGGUGCAGAUGCUGCAGUGCUGCUGUAAUGCAAUCUCUGUAACCCACCCAUGCGUAACUUUGACUGCAGUCCUAUAUACACAGAGUCCCACGAAAACUCUGUAUUACUUUUGUGUAGACAUAUAUAGGAUUACCCUGGAGCUUUGCAAUCCUAGGAGGGGUCAGGGAAGCAUGAAGUGGUGGAUCCUUCACUGUAUCUGCAGUCUUGUCAGCUCAUGACAACUAAGGCAGGCAGUUGUGAGGGGUUGCAGGCUCAUGCAGUACAGAGGCCCAGAGAGGGUUUCUCUCUGAGAAGUGGACCUGUUUAAAAUGCAACAGAUCCAUAGACAACCCACUCUGCCCCAUUAACACCCUGUUUCAGGGUCCUCGGCUGGCUACUGCUGGCAGCAACACUGUAGGUGGUAGUUCAUCCGCUGCACAAGCUUUUGCGGGUGCUUUUGGGGCCUCUGGCAGCAGCAUCACAUACUUGUUUGCUAGUGGAAGAACGUUCUGUCUAAUCCUAGCCCCCUCCAGAAAUGCUGAUCAUGGGCAUGGUAUUAUGCUCUACAUAUGACAAGUGUUUGCUUGUAAAGUGAAGAAUAAUGAUGGAAGGACAAAUUGGAGGUAGCUGUCAUCAUCUUACCGUACUUGUAAGGUUCCAGAAGUAUUUGACUAUUGGAAAGAUUACAUGGAUCUUGUUCUGAUCCCAUAAUGAAACACUUACAAUCUUAAUUCCAUAAUAGAAUGCUAUUUCAUGAUUGAAGUAAUGGUGUGCUCCUCCCCCCCCCCCCGGCGUUUAGGUAGUUAAACUGAAAGAUGGCGAGGACCAUGGCAUGAAGAAGCGCAAACGGAAAGAGGAAGAGGCAGAGAAGGAGAAAAAACCUCGGAAGAUGAAAGUUUCUCGGCAGUUGGGGUGCAUAUUACACUAAUUUCUACAAGAGUGUAUCCUGGUUUAGUGAAUUUAUUUAUUAUUAUUUAUUGAAUUUACGGUAUAUGCCCCCCUGUACCUCCAGGUCUCAGGGCAGCUCACGGAAUAAAAUCAGAAUAUAAAACCACAAAAUACAUAAUCAAAAUAAAAACAGCAGCAACCCAACACACACAUUUUAAAAGGGCAUAGGAUGUCAAUCAAAUCAACCAAAAGCCUGGUUAAAAAGGAACGAUUUUGCCUGGCACCUAAAGGUGUAUAAUGAAGGCGCCAGGCAAACUUCCCUAGGGAGAGCAUUCCACAGACGGGGAGCCACUGCAGAGAAGGCCUGUUCUCUUGUUGUCACCCUCCGGACCUCUCGAGGAGGAGGCACCAAGAGCAAAUGUUAAAUUACUCCUGUUAGUUUUUACUGUGAGCUGCUGUUCAUUUAAAUAAAUUAAAAUCAAGUUGUGACACAGUCAUGAAUAGGACAAAGGGUGGGAUUUUGCGGUGUUCCACCCCCCCUUUGGUUUCCUGCACAAACCUAGCAGUAGAAUGGCUAGAGCUUCUUGUUGGCAUCUGUCUGUCUUAAGGGACAGUGGAGUGCGCCUCCAGGGGUGAAGUCUAACCACUGCAUUAGCAACACUGAAGUGACCUUCCCAGGGUGCAAGCCUGGGCAGUGUGUUCAGAGGUCUGGGCUGCCUAGAUGACAAGACUCCCCUCUUGGCUGUGUUGAUGUGGUCCAAAUGAAGUCAGAGCAAUACAUUUGGCAUCCUGGCUGCAGGAAUUGCCAGAAGGCAUACAAGGCGCCUUCCCACCAUCUUAGAGACUCUACUCUAGCUUUGUGUAGGGUUUAUUCCUUAGCCUUUUCUUCUGCUGAAGAUAUCCCAUAAGGCAAUGGUGGUUUUGUUAGGAUAUUUCCGUUCCACCUUAAAAGGGGGCAGGCUUUGUGAGUCACAGAGUCUGCGUAUUUCCUGUCCCACAGGAUGUUUCUGUUGUGUCUUUGUUUUCGCUCUCUCUGUGUCAGAGACACUGAAGCAGGCAGUCAUGUUUUUCUUUGUUCUGAUCAACACUGAAUAAAACUUGUAAAUAAUGCUCUCCUGCGUGCAACUUUCGCUGUGCAUUAUCUGCUGAUAGAGCGUGCAUGAGUUCUCGAAUGUGGCAGGCUAUUUCUGGAGCUCGUGUCGCUAAUUGCUGAUACUGUAUCUAUGGGAGAUCGAUGGGACGUCCAGCAGCCGGCUUGUGGGGCCAUGAUGGACUUUGUCUCCCUGGCAGUAUCCCAACAGGUUUAAGACCAGAGUUUUGCUUCUCCUAGAUGGGCUUCCUUCCAGUGUUCAAAACUCCCAUUGUUCUAGGCGCAUUUUGGGACAGGGAAUUUUAUUAGCACGAGCAGUUUCUGAGCACAGUACUGCACCUAAGAUUUCAGAUUAAAACUCUGGCAUGGAAGGAAAGGAGGAGCUUUCUCUGCCUCCCCACUUUCAACUUCUAUCUGAAGACUGGAGAAGAGACCCUCUUAAGAAUAUUAGGGGAGUGGGCAUAGGAAGGACUAGAGCACGUGAAAAAUGAACAUAAUAUUUUAGUUGCAGUUCAUCCAUUUUCAGCUUUGUAUUCUUGUUAUUAAAAAGCUUGCCUGGACAUUCAGUAGUUCUGCCCAUAACCUAGGUUUAAGGUGCCAUUUAGCUCCUAGCUUUUCUAUCUCAGUUUCUAACACUACUUCCUUCCAAUGUUGAUGAGCCCCAUCUGCCCCUUACUGCCAUCUGCACCGUGUGCAGAAAUCACCUUCUUGACUGUUGGACCCACUUUUGGCCUCAUCCACUCAAUCUGCCAGAACCUGUCUUCACAUGCAAGGAAGUCCCUAACUCACUGAGUGUUUGAGACCCAUUGGCUACCCUCACCUAGUUUACUCAGCCACUUAAACUGUUCUCAGGGUGUGGCCACUGUUGCGUGCUGAUAGCUUCUAGGAGCCAUAGGUGAGAGCUGAGUGCAGGGUAGGGAUCAAAGGUGGACAAACUACCCCAGAAGGAGCACAAUGUGUUUGCCACCAGAGGUACUACCCAUCCCCUAACACCCCAUACACCCCACUUCUAAAAUAGUGCUUUCCCAAAGUUCACAUAAAUAUGAUACUGCUAAAUCUCAAUAGAUCGUAAGACACCAAAGGAAAAAUUGCAUAAUUAAAUUGCAACUUUCCACAUUCAAGAGUUCUUCAGUAUUUUUCCCUCCAGAGCACAUUAGUCACAACUAAUAUGAGACCACAAAACUCUAAACUCCUCAUGUUAGAAAAGUUACUAGUUCAGUGUAUGUUAUGUUACUCAUACACUGCAGAAUACAGAGAUGUUAACUAAAACUAGACUCCAGAUUAUUUACUAAAUGGGAAUUAAGUUGAGUGAACUUAAUUCUUCCUAACUGCUUAUGUAUUCUCUCUCUCUGUGUGUGUGUGUGUGUGUGUGUGUGUGUGUGUGUGGUUUUGUUUUUCAGGGUAAUGGCCUUAAAUUCACACAAAUCUGAAAAGAAAAAGAAAAAGCUGUACAAGGACUCUCUUUCAGUUGCUGCAAUGCUGCGCAAGUUUCAGAAGGAGAAGGAAGCCUUUAAGAAGAAAGAAGUUAACUUGAACCCCACAGUGUCAGUGACCACCUCUACACCUAACAAAGUUCCUGCUGCUCCUGCCACUGGUGGAAAUGAUGUAUCUGACUUGAACCUCAUCAUCACAGAUCCAGUCCUUUCCAUUUUUAGCAGCACAAGUGAGCGUGAGCUCCUACAGGAAGCUGAAAUUGCCGUGGAGAUGCUGGGAGACAUUGACUUGGAUAGGUUACUUGAUGGCACUUCCAAUGGUAGCCCAGUAUCUGAGCCAUCAGGGGAGAAUGGAAAUGUCACUCAGCCCUCCCAUACCUCUGAGGCACUGAAAAAGGUGCCUGCCCUCCCAGAAGGUCUUCCAGCACACCUAGAGGAGCGCAUUGAGGACCUCAGAACUGUAAGUGUGGCUUUCUUGGUGCUGAAUUUUGCAGAGGGUUGUUACAACCCAAAUUGCCUAACAUUAAGGCUGGCAAUAUUUGUAGUAUUAAGAGUAACAUUAGAAACAUUGGUUUGAAUCUGGUGGUGUGGCUGAGCUAAUGGGAAAGGGCCAUAGCUCGAUGGUAGAACCUCUGCUUUGCCAAAGCUCCCAGGUUCAAUCCCAUCUCAAGGUAGUGCAGAGAGACCCCUCCCUGAAACCCUGGAGAGCUAUUCAGUGUUGUCAGUACUGAGCUAGGGGCACCAAUGGUUUCACUUGGUAUAAGCUUGCUUCCUAUGUUCCUAACAGUAAGGCUUCUGUCACUGAAAUGGGGAAGGAAGCAAUUUUCAGCUAUUCCCCCCCUCCCCCUUGCACCUAUUUGUGUGGGCUUCCAUUACCCUUUGGAGCAGAUUUAGAGCGGGGGCUGUAGGGAUGAGGGGGAAUCACCUGAAGUUGUUCCCUCUCUGUUCUGCUGGUGGAAAUUUUCCAUCAGCUGACUUACACCAUUGGAAACAACUCAGUGUCACUGGGUGAGUGGUAGACUUAUUCUCUUCUAGUUAUGUGUCAUUAACAGUUUGUAUUAAACUUGCAAAUGCUGCAAUUUCUUCUCUGAUGCUAUUUGUUGUUUCUUACAAGAGACUGUAAAUGGCAGGUCAGUCACUUGAUUUGUAUACUUUUUUGAUGCACAACACAGCAUGUAAAACUAGAAUACAUAUAAACACAAGCGCACACACACAUCAGCAAUACAUUAUCCCUACCAUCUCCUAAUAAAAAACUAUUCAGAAUAAUUUGAUAAUGCAUACGUAAUGCAUACAUCCUUGUAUACAUUAUGCAUACAUCAUUAUGAACUGAUUUAGGAUAUGGUUGUAACAGAAAUGGCUGCAAAGGGAGCUAAGGCCAGGUUUUGCAGGAUCAACUUCUCUGUCACAUCGUUGGUGGUUACAUCUUAUGAUUAGUCAGCAGAGGGUAACUGUGUGUGGGUGUGGUGGAUGCAGGUGGCACUGUGGUCUAAUUCUAAAGCACUGAGCCUCUUGGGCUUGCUGAUUGGAAGGUUGGCAGUUCAAAUCCACUUGAUGGGGUGAGCUCCUGUUGCUCUGUCCCACCUUCUGCCAAUCUAGCAGUUUGAAAGCAGGCCAGUGCAAAUAGAUAAAUAGGUACCACUGCAGAGGGAAGGUAAACAGCGUUUUGGUGCAUGCUCUGGCUUCCGUCACAGUGUUCCGCUGUGCCAGAAGUGGUUUAGUCCUGCUGGCCACAUACCCUGGAAAGCUGUCUGUGGACAAAUGCCGGCUCCCUUGACCUGAAAAGCAAGAUGAGCAUAGCAUCCCAUAGUCACCUUUGACUGGACUUAACUGUCCAGGGGUGAUUUACCUUUGUGUGUGUGUGUGUGUGUGUGUGUGUGUAUCAUAAAACUCUGAAGAUUUUUGACAUUAAGUGUACUCAAAGUACCUGUGUUUUUAUUGCUGUUUCUAGGCUGCCAAGCUCUUUGGUAAAGAAGGCAGAAAAAAAUUCUUCACACAGGACAUGAAUAAUAUCUUGCUUGAGUAAGUGUUCCCUUGGUUUUGAGGAAAAUGUUGUGCUUAUGCAACAGAAUGGUUGUCCUUAUUUCUAAGCCAUGAAGUAGACAGACUUCAUUUAUUCAUUGUUUUUAUUUUAAGAUGUUUAUACCCUACCCUUUAGUCUGAGUGGCUCUCAAGAGCAGCUUACACAAAUCAGUACUAAGAUGGUCUCUACUCCCAGGUUCGCAGUCUAAAACUACCAGGCUUACAAGGAAAAAGGAAUGAGAGGGAAGAGGGGAAAGUAUGCACAUGUUCUUAAAGUUGCAGUUCUUGUAACACAGUUAUACAAGUAUGUCUGCGCAGGUUCUGGCUGUCUAGAAGAAUUAUAGCUCCUUACCCAUGUCAGUGGUGGUUCUGGCUGCCUUGCACUUGUUGCCCUUGAUUAAGAGCAGUCGCUCCGAGGAAGCACUUUUAUCUGCCUCCCUUCCCAACAGAUCAGAUCCAGGAGCAGAGCAGAUGACAAUGUCCAGGACAGAAAAGCUUUAAGUUACCCAUAGAAAUUUAAUUAGUAUUGUUCAUUUGCUGAUGAUCUUUGGAUUUACAAGGGAAAAACUACUGUAUGUUUAAAUUCUUCUGAAUUUGUAUUGUACAAGUCUGGAAACUUACAUAAUCAUAGUGUGGCAGCUGAUACUUCUGAAUUAAUCUACGUAAGAUGUUUAUUUGAUAGCUAUAGAGAGCCAGUGUGGUGUAGUGGUUAAGAGCAGUAGUCUCAUAAUCUGGUGAACCGGGUUCGCGUCUCCGCUCCUCCACAUGCAGCUGCUGGGUGACCUUGGGCAAGUCACACUUCUUUGAAGUCUUUCAGCCCCACUUACCUCACAGAGUGUUUGUUGUGGGGGAGGAAGGGAUAGGAGAAUGUUAGCCGCUUUGAGACUCCUUAGGGUAGUGAUAAAGCGGGAUAUCAAAUCCAAACUCUUCUUCUAUAUUUUUACAUAUGAUGUAGCAUUCAUCACAUGGUGCUUAAUGAAGUAAUAGCAGCAAAAAGAGAUUGCUGCUCCCCAAGAGUUUAGUCUAAAUUUUUAUCUCAGAUGGAAGGGAGGGACAUUGAAUGUGGUGGGAGAUAUACUACAUUAUGUAUGAAACAAUGGGUAUUAAUUGUUUCCUGUAGCUAGGGCAAUUUAAUGCAGAACACACAGCUGUUUGUGUAAUCCACAUCUAUACCUAUUCUAAGGGCUAUACUUCUGUUCUGGCUACCCUGUCAGAGCCUGAAAGAUGAGUAUAGCCAAUCUUGUCUCAUGACAGUUAUAUUAAUGCAUGCAGGGGAAAACAAUUCUAGUAUUGCAGUUCCUCUGUCUGUAUAACAUAAAUGCCCUUUUUAUGAAUAGUGAGUAGAAGCAGUGGUCCAAUUUUUCUCAUUAAUUGUGACUUUCUGUUUUAUUUGUCAGUAUUGAGUUGCAGUUACAGGAAUUGUGUCCUACCAUCCGCAGUGGAGUAUACUCUCACCUCGAGGCUUUUGUGCCGUGCAGUAAGGACUCACUGAUAAAGCGUUUGAAGAAACUGCACCUCAAUGUCCAGGUAAGCAUAACUGCAGCAGUUGUAUAUUUUAGCAUGGGCUGUAGAAGAUGGACUAGACUGGGUUCUCUGUAGAAUUAAGCCACUGAUGUGGUAUAUAUGUAAUGUCAAAUAGAGUUAAUUUUAAAUCAUGAUUUAAUUAGUAAGAGCACUCUGCUCCUGUCUGACUCCUGGCUGUGCUGUGAAGCAAGACAUUGUCUUGUCAUUUGAUGUGUGAACCUGGGCUUAUAGUUUUCUCUCCAAAUGAAGCCCAAGCUCAAAGCCAAGAACAAACCUUGAUUUACUACUUCUGCUUUGUUUGGCAAGAAACCAUGAACCUCAUUUUUUGGUUCUUUAUCAUUUUUAUCAUAUUAAAAGAUUAAACGCAAGCUCUUAUUGCUAAUAUGAUAGGCUAACUUCAUUCUUGAUGAAAGCAGAAUUAAAGGCUUCCAGUAGCUUCCCCACCCCACCCCCCCGAAUCCAAGUUGUUUCAGAAGUUGAAAAAUGUUUGAGGUGGUUCAGGAUGAAGGGGAACUGUGCAGUCUCUGAGAAGCAAUACAUAAAUCAGUUGGCAAGACUACUUGCAUCACUAAUGAUUGUGUUUUCUCAGGAUGACCGUCUGAAGGAACCAUUGCAAAAAUUGAAAUUGGCUGUCAGCUGUGUCAUGCCUGAACAACUAUACAAAUAUCAGGAAGACUGCCAUGCACACAGUCAGGCCAAGAAUGCCAAGUAUGUACAUUACCCAGAUAUAUCUCACUUGGUUUAUGUGGAGGAUUUAUGGAGGAAAGUAGGGUUAUGCAAAUGCUAGCACUUUAUCUGGAGGGGUGUACUUGUGGCCUUCUGUAUCUGUUUUAUGGUUGCUCUUUUGAAUUAUGCCAUCUCCUAACAGGGCCAGUGCAAGAUACUACACCACCUAAGGCAGAUGCCUGAGUCCUGCUUACUCCUUUUCCUUCCUUCCUUCCUUCCUUCCUUCCUUCCUUCCUUCCUUCCUUGUCAAUUGCUUUGUUGCUGCUAAUGCAGCAGCAGCACUGGUUGUGUCACUGCCUCCAGGUCUCCCUCUCCUCUUUCUUGGUCUGAGGAAGGGCCAGGGCUCCUGCAGAGCAAGGUGUUCUGGAGAUGGUGGCUUAGGAGGUUGCUAGUGCUGCUGCAGCUUUGUUGCUGCAGCUAGAAAUUCUCUUUUAUAUGCAGUUCUCAAAAUAACUUUUAAUUCUUUUUUUAAAAAGAAUCGCUAGCCAUGGCAGUAAAGCCACAGGGAGCACUAGCAAUCUCCUGGGCCACAUUCUUUACUAUGGGAAAAUGUAUUGGUAUGGAGUAGCCAAGGUAAGUACUUACUUAUUUAUGUUAUUUCUUAUAUUUAUAUAUCACUUACUACCCAAACUGUUUACAAAUAAAUAAUAGCAGAAUAUAAAGCAAACAGCAAAACUAUAAAUACUGUAUAUCUCAUCUAAAAUACAACAGGUGCCCUUGGGAAUCUGUUACACUCCCAAUAACAGUGUAGGAAGAAUUUGCAAUAAUGUAAUGAACUUGGAACUAUGGUUGUUGUGUUGCAGGGAGCAUGAUAGUCACAUAAUUGUAUGUAUAAUUAGAAGCUGAAGCUCCUUAUGUUCUCUGAUAGUCCCACAUAUGGAUUCCUCACCUGUGCAAAGCAUAAAAUUUGCGAACUUUCUAGAGCUGUUAUAAGGGAGUUGGUGCAUAUAUCCCCUGCUCUUAAAGGAAAUUUUGUAGAUCUACACAUUUUCAGAUUUAGAACAAAUGCUUUCCCACUCAGCUCUCUUCUGACUGAGUUUGUAGCAGCUAAGGAAAGUUUCUCCAUGACAGAACUUAGUUCCCUAUUUUUUUGUUUCUUUUAUUGUCUCACUUUAUGGUUGCUAAUGCGUUUUUCUUCCUGCAUUUCUUGCAUGCCUGUGGUACUCCUACGGAAAAUACUUACCGUGACCUUAGAAAGGCACUUUUGCCUGCAUUCCCUGAAGUUCACUAAACAAGGAUGCUGUAUCCUAGUUAGGGUCUCCUUGUGAGAGAAAAUGACCGCUAGCCACUAUUUUAUUGCGAAAGAACUCAGGGAGAAGGUGCUCACCUUGCCGCCCAAAGCAUGCAAAUAUAAUUAAUUUUCCUUUUAAAUGGCUAGAACUCUAGGGUGUUCAUCAGGCUUGCUUUGCACAGGGAGAGGACCCAUACAUGGGACUGUACAGAUGGCCAUUCAAAUAUCGGAUAAUAGCAAGCAACUUUUUCUGAAAAAUAAUGUUGCAGAAAUAAGUCCAAAGGUAUAUCGUUGCCAGAAACAUAAUUGCUCUUUUGUUCUAGAAUGCAAGCAGAAGAUGAGCGAGACAAGAAUGCUUCUGAGGAGGAGGAGGAUGAGAAGCCAGGAAAAAGGGUUGCAGGUCCAAGAAAGAAAUUCCGCUGGGAUGAGACAGUGAGGUAUGGUAUUAUGUUGCUUGUUUGUCCACUGCAAUGUCCUUUUUAGUCAUUGCACCGCAAUUCUCACAUCACAAUCUAACUUACCUCACACCCUGACUGCCAGAAAAAGGAGUGCUAGCAAUUCCUGUUUCUAAGUCUCCCCCCAUCCCAAUAAAUGCACAAUUAUAGUUGUCACAAAUUUAAAUUGAUUUGUGGCUAGUAUAAUGCACAAGGGUAUAAUGUUUAGAAGGCUAAUGAGAUUAAAAUUAAUUCUCUUGUAUGCUUUAUUUAUUUAUUGAAAGGAAUUAUAUGCUGCUUCUCACUUAAUAUGACAAAGCAGCGUACAACAUAAUUUAAUAAUGUCCUAAAACUACAUUAAAACACAAAAUAUAAAAGCACAGAAUCAAAAGUAGGUAAAAAUAAGUGGCUUGGCAGUCAAUAAUUGAAAAAAAAAAUUCUUAGGUGAACAAGCAUAUUUUUAAUGGCCAGUGGAAAACACAUUACUGAAAGUAGUGAAUCUCAAAAGGAAACUUGCCCAAAAUACACGUCACUGCAGAGAAUUCCCUUUUCUUGAUGGAUGCCAGAUGAAUCUGAGCAGCUAUGGCACCACCAGAAGGGGCUCCUCCAAAUGUCUUGUGAUCACCUGAGUCUCCAGUGCCAGUUCAAGAAGUACCCCAAACUAUGCCCCUGUUAUUUCAGGGAGAAUGCAGUUCCAUCUAGACUAGGCAAGGCACCAAUUCCCAGAUCUGAGAACCAUUUGCCCACAGGACCUCUGUUUUGUUGGGAUUCAGCUUCAUUUUAUUGACCCUCAUCAUGCUUUCCAUUGUGUUUAAGCACUGAUUUGUACCUGCAUCACUUCUCAUCCAGAUACAUUAGGGAAAUAGAGCCGAAUAAUAAAACCUUACUAGGUUACCCAAAAUACUUCCCAGGUGCUAUGGAAUGUAUGGUGCAUAUAGUAUUUUACAUACUAUGUACCUAUGUAAUGGUAUAUACCUGCCCAUUCUUCCCCUUACUAGAGCUUCCUAUAUUCGGCUAUGCCAGAGUUCUAAUUCUAGGAUCUUUGCUUUUAUUUGGAUCAUGUUAUUUGGAUUAUGUGAAGCGCCUUUGAAUUUCGGUUGCCUAGAUUAUUAUUCUUGGCUAUUCUACUGCCCAGUACAAAUAGCUUAGAUGUUUAGAGCAUACAACUGACUCUCCUGUUUCAGUAAUUGCAGAGGGAAAAUAGGAAAGUGUAGGUGCAAAGCAAUCUCCUUUGUUCCUUGCAAAAUAUGGACAUCUGCACCUUUUAUUUGCUGUACCCUCCCAAUUGGGUCUAACUUCCCAUUUGCUGGUGAAGCAACAAUUCAGAAAGCAUUUAGUCAGGACAACAGCCUCAGACACUGGUUGUCUGGUUUACUGCUGUGAUGCAGUAGUCCUCUUUUGUUUCCAUUUUGGGGAUGGGGAAGUGCCUGUUGUUGUUGUUGUUGUUGUUUUGUUGUUGUUGUUAUUUAUACCCCGCCCUCCCCGGCCAGGGCUGGGCUAAGGGCGGUUAACACCAAAUAUGAAUUACAAUAAAACGUAAUAGAACAACAACAACAACAACAACAACAACAACAACAGCAACAACAACCGGUUAAUUAAAAUACAGCUUACAAUACAGCUUAAAUUGCAGCCUCAUUUUAGUAGUAGCCCAUAAAUCAAGUCAGUAAAGGGAGGAAAUAUCAGAUACUCACCCGAGCCAGCUAUCCAUGCUGGUCCCACAUGGGCCAGCAAAAAAGCCAAGGGAAAAUUUAUAUACCAAAUCCCAGAGUGGUCAGAGUGAGUCUAAGCCAAAGGCCAGGCGGAACAGCUCCAUCUUGCAGGCCCUGCGGAAAAAUGUCAAAUCCUGCAGGGCACUAGUCUCUUGUGACAGAGCGUUCCACAACGUUGGGGCCAGUGGUGAAAAGGCCCUGGCCCUAGUUGAAACCAAUCUAACCUCCUUGAGGCUUGGGACCUCCAAAGUGUUGUUAUUUAUGGACCUUAAGGUCCUCCGCGGGGCAUACCAGGAGAGGUGGUCCUGUAGGUACAAGGGUCCUAGGCCACAUAGGGCUUUAAAGGUCAAAACCAGCACCUUAAACCUGACCCUGUACUCCACCGGGAGCCAAUGCAACUGGUAAAGCACUGGAUGAAUAGGAUCCCGAGUCAGGGCGGCCGUCCAUCAAUAGAUAAAGCUGGGUGUCAUCAGCAUAUUGAUGACAACCCAGCCCAAAACUCCGGACAACCUGGGCAAGGGGACGCAUAAAGAUAUUGAAAAGCAUCAGGGAAAGGAUUGCGCCCUGCUGCACUCCACACACCAAGGAGUGCCACGAUGACAACUCCUUCCCUAGCGCCACCCUCUGUCCCCGGCCUGAGAUAAAGGAGCGCAGCCAUUGUCGGACUGUGCCCUGAAUCCCUACAUUGGCAAGGCAGUGGUCCAAAAGUACAUGAUCGACCAUGUUGAAGUCUGCUGACAAAUCUAAAAGAAUCAGCGGUCCUGACCUGCCUCCAUCUAGCAGUCUACGGAGAUCAUCUGUUAGGGCGACCAGAGCUGUCUCAGUACCAAUUUCUACCCCAAAACCAGUUGUCACUUCCAUUCCUUCCCCCCCCUCCUCCUUCAUAUUCCACACCUUUGUGUUUUAUGCAUUCUCUCAGUUUGCUUAACAACAUUUCUUAAAUCUGAUUCCAUGGCAAGGGUAUCCAAAAGCAGUUUUGCUUAAUAUAUUUAUAUUAAAUAUAUUAAGUGUGGACAGUGUCGCAUUUGGAAUAACUGACUGCAGAAUUCUUUGAUAACCUGGGUUGUGUGAAUUGUGAGUUAUGGAAACAAGGAUAUAGCUGUAACAAAAAGAAAGAAAACUAAACUGUUAUAUAACGUAGAAUAGGAUGCACAGUGUAGCUUGCCUAAAAGGUAUAGCAGAAAAGGCAGGGGGAGUGGAUCUACAACAAGUCUAGUAAAUCCUGUUGGGGGGGAGGAGGUUUGUGAGGUUCUAGGAUAGGUGUACACAGAUUACUUUUGACAUGUUAAUGCUAAAGCAGUUGUGCUUGAGGCUGUCGGGUUUCUUUCAACAGGUCAUUGCUGUGUAACCUUAUCAAGAUAAAACUGGGAUGUUAUGAGCUAGAGCCAAAUAAAAGCCAAUCUGCAGAAGAUUACCUCAAGGCCUUUAUGGAGACUGAGGUGAAGCCACUUUGGCCGAAAGGCUGGAUGCAAGCUAGGUAUGGUACCUGAUUAGAUUUGAAGAAUGACUUAUUAAGUGGAAUUCAGAAUUUAAGCAUGUAAACUACAGUAUCAAGUUUUCUCAUGCCCCACAUCCUUAAGAUCCUUAAUAUUUGAAAUAAUCACACCCUUAAAAGCUUAGCUUCAGCUACAAAAAGUCAACCCCAAUGAAGAAGUCUUGAAAUAGUCUAGGGCUUUGAGUGUCAAAGGUAAAGGGAAGUUCAAUUAUAGGCACCGUCCAUUCUGCACGACCUUUUCCAUACAAGGUACAUAGAUGAAUGAAUCAACAGAGUAUACUUGGCUGAUUUUAUAUACUGUAAUUCAGAUGAAGAAGCAGUUUUAGUUAGGCCUAUCUCAUUGAGCAAAAGUAGCAUUAGCCACCAUUGUAGCUUGGAAUUCAAGGCAUGGCAGUGUAUCUAAGAAUACCCAAAAACCUAAGUCGAAAGCAUGAAACAGUUAUUUAAAAUAUUAUACCUUACUUUUGCAAAAUACAUAUAUCCAAAGCAACUUAUAAAAAGAUUAUGUGGAUUUUAUUGCUGUUUGUCAACAUUUUCCCAAAUGUUACCAAAAGUUUUGUUUGAAUGCAGUCACAGCUUUCCAUCUGACACUUGAUUACACCAAGCUACUGAAAUGGGGCAAGAUUGUAAGGCCUGAAUAAGUUGAAAACAUAUGUCGAGAGAGUGAGUGAGUGUAUAUGAAGAUAGUAGUGACACCUUAUGUCAAAUCUCCACACAGACUUCCUCAGGUAUAUGUUAAACAAGAUGCAGGGGAAUGCUGCAGCGAAGUCUCAUAGUGAAACUGAACAAUCUCCCACCACCACUUCUUAGGACUAGCCUGAUAGGAAAAGACAGAACCAUCUAAGCUCUAUUUUCUUAAUAUCUACUAGGUUCUGCAGUGUCACUGGGUGCAUAUCAAUGCAUAGUGUUUAUGAGGCCGUUUCCUUGAUGUUCAGAUUUGAGCAGCCAAUACUAUAGAAAACGAUUUUGAACAACGUUCUGCUUAGUCUUCUAUACCUAAAACUUUGAAGUUCUUGUCAGGUUACAGAUAUUCUUUCCUAUAACAAGUAGUAAAAUGUUGCACUGAGGAGAAGCUGAUUCCGUCUCCAGUUGGCGAUAAUCCAUACUUGCUGAGUUUGCCCACUGCCUUACUUCCUUAUUUGCUUGUGCUUUGUUUGUUGGUGGUGGCCAUUUUCGGGUAGAAACCAUGGAGAUAGGAAGGGGAGAAAGAAAGUGGACAAAUCAGAGAGCAGGAGAGAUUGGUCAAAUCAGUUUUUCCCUUCUCUCUUUUGCUGGUUGGGUGCAACCAUGGAGGGAAGGAGCAGAGAGAUCUGGCAAAUCACAGAUUAGAAUAAAUGGAAAUUGUGGACUUGUGUGAAUGCUCACCUAACAAAUGAUUUCCAGGAAACACAUGUGUGUUUGGUAAACGGGGCCUACGUGCAUACCAUAUAAAUUAUAGUAGUAUGAAUUACAGGUUCCACUGGAGUUAUAGGUACUAUAAUAUAUGAUACUUUUUGUUUAAAGUGACUGGUGCUUGUUUUCACCCACUUAAAAUAGCAGUUUAGUAGUAGUUCCACUCACAGUGGUUAUAUUAAUUUGGCUUUUUUAUAGGUCUAAGGAUUUGGACCUGAAUUAGGAGGUUAGAUGUGGCUAUUUUAAUGGAUCUGCAUGGUGAUCAGCCCAGAUGCUGCUCUGCCCAUCUAUCAGAGUAUUUGAAGCAAAUCACUGGAGAUUUCCUGGUGGUUUCAGCAACUGUUCAACUUCUUUAAGAAACCUCUGUUAGUUCACAUCCAAGAACUAUUCAAAGAAGAGAUGAUGAAAUGGCUUACUGUUAGAGAACAAAAGUAAAUAAGUGUGAGCUUGACAAUAAUCAUGCUAAAAACAGUUUUUACCCCCAAAACAUGUUGAAAUAAGUUAUUUAAAAGUAGAAAAUGAUAAAGAUGAAACCAGAAGCAGCCAUUUAGAACAAUUUUGUUGUUUAGUCGUUUAGUCGUGUCCGACUCUUUGUGACCCCAUGGACCAGAGCACGCCAGGCACUCCUGUCUUCCCCUGCCUCCUGCAGUUUGGUCAAACUCAUGCUGGUAGCUUCAAGAACACUGUCCAACCAUCUCGUCCUCUGUCAUCCCCUUCUCCUUGUGCCCUCCAUCUUUCCCAACAUCAGGGUCUUUUCCAGGGAGUCUUCUCUUCUCAUGAGGUGGCCAAAGUAAUAGUCUAACCCAAAUACAUAAUGGUAACCCAAAUGCACAAUGGUAACCAUUUCUGCCAGUUAUUAUAGUUGUAAAAAAACAAUUGGUGGUAGUGUACAACUGAAAAGAAAUUUGAAAUAUGAUUUUGCUAUACAGGCACAUACAUGCAUUGACUUAAGAGAAGCAACAUGUUUAAAGUGGUUUAUUACCACUCUUGUUGUAGCUUACCAUGGGCCUCUCUUUGGCCACUGUGAGAACAGGGUGCUGGACUACAUGGGCCAUGUUUUUAGCUUAGAAUAAUCCCUGAUUAACUGAUGUGUUUAUGCAGCUUUCUACCUUGCAUUAUUUUAUAGUGUAGCCUAUCCCAGGAUGUCCAACACAGUUGUGUACACUGAAGUAAAUUACCGUAAUUCAGUCUUUCAAACCUCACCUUAAACUGAUUCCAGCUGUGCGUUCUCUGACAGUCCAAUGGGAGCACUAAAUUUAGGAUAAUAGUUGUAGCUUUCAGUAAAGUCAACUUGAAAUAAGCAGCAUUGUUACUACAAAUAAUUAAUGAAGUCCAUUAAUUGGCUGCUGGUCAGAUAUGACCUUUAAUAGUGGGUUGUCACAAUGGCACAAUUAUUACAAUGUAUUAAUGUGUAUUUAGUGCGGUAAAUAUGCCUGGCUCUUUAUGAGCAGCGAAACUUGUUUCCAGCUUUGAAGAAUUUGCAAUCUAAGAUUGACAAGACAAAGACAAGCUGCAGGACAUCAGCUUAGGUAAGAAAGGAUGUGAAAAGCUUGAGGAGAGAUACCGUAUUUUUCUCCCUAUAGGACGCACUUUUUCCCCUCCAAAAAUGAAGGGGAAAUGUGUGUGCAUCCUAUGGGGCGAAUGCAGGCUUUCGCUGAAGCCUGGAGAGCGAGAGGGGUCGGUGCUCACAAGCUUGGGGGACAGCGGGGAGGCGCAGCGCGUCAUCCCGCUGUCUCCCGACGUGGUUUGCAGGCUGGGGCGGGCUUCCCCCGGCCCCGGCCCCGCAAGCUCCCAGAGCGAUAACGAAGCUGCGCACAGCUUCCGGAUCGCUCUGGGACCCGUUCUGGGGGCUGGGGACGGGGGAAGCCCGCCCCCAGCCCUACAAGCUCCCAGAGCGAUUGCGAAGCUGCGCGCAGCUUCGGAAUCGCUCUGGGACCUGUUCUGGGGGCUGGGGACGGGGGAAGUUCGGGCUUCCCCCAGCCCCGCAAGCUCCCAGAGCGGGCUUCGUGCAGCUCUCCGCAAGCUGUGGGAGCCCGGCGCGACUUCGCGCUGGCCUCCAACGGCUUGCGGAGAGCUGCCUGUUCUGGGGGCUGGGGUGGGGGAAGCUUGGACUUCCCCCACCCCAGCCCCGUGCCUGGGGGGGGGGAUAAUUUUCCCCCCUUCAUUUCCCCCUCCCAAAUCUAGGUGCGUCCUAUGGGCCGGUGCGUCCUGUAGGGCGAAAAAUACGGUAAUUAGCAGCCUGCAUAUGAGAGUAUCCUAACAUGAUCUAAUACAGUUUCUGUAACUGGAAAAUUUCCUACUGAAAAGCUUGAGAAUAAAGGUCAGUAAAGCAAAUGAAUGAAUAAAUAAAACUUGUGCUAACAAAUGAUAUUGUGAGGGGUUCACAAGGUGUGUCAAUUGCUCUUACAAUUUCUUUCCUUAUUUAAAGCGUGGGUGCGGAACCUUUUUGGCUACACAGGCCAGAUCCAUAUCUGGUUCAGUCUUCAUUUAAGUAAAAAUUGAUAACAAAUCAUGUUUGAUGUCUAUAGUGUUAGAUAAAUAUAUGUGCAAAGCCAGCAAUUCUGAUCAUGUUCUGUUUGCCAAGCAGUGUGGUAGGAGAGCUAAAAAAAAUCCGAACCAAUGCACUCCCCUGAUUUCAGAUAGUACAUGGGUAGAUGAGUCUAAAAAGCAUAGGACACAAAUUUUCAUGGCCCUCUAGCAGCUAUGGUGGCUCAUUUACCAUAAUUUAUUUAUUUAGCGUUAACUCUGGAAGUGAUUCUGACCAUACUAAGCCUCCUAGAGCCCUUAUCUUUUUUUCAUUUUAAUGGCUACCAGAUCUGCCCAAUUUUGACAGUGUUUUUGUGUGUGUGCUACAUUAGUAUGUGAAUUUCCUUGGGGUGCCAUUCUCAUGAAGAACCUCUCUUUUUGAUACAUAUUGAUAAACCAAUUUGAAGAUUACCAUGAAUGUCUGCUAACAAACACAUUCCAGGAAAAAGUCAUGUGUCAGUGGAGACUUUGCACCCUUUGACCUGCUUGGAUGAUCAUAGAGCUAAUAAUAAUAGAAUUGUAGAGUUGGAAGGGACCCUGUGGGUCAUCUAGGCCAAACACCUGGAUUUGCAGGAAUCUCUUGCCCAGCAUGGGGCCUGAACCCACAACUCUGAGAUUAAGAGUCUCAUGCUUUACCAAUUGAGCUAUCUCCUUAACCUCAUCUUAUUAAGCAUGUUGCCCCUUAGUGUGAGCUGCAAUUAAACCAGAAGAACUCUACUGUAGUUUCAUACUGGGAAGGUGUAGCUACAUAAUUAGAGGCUUCGUAGUUUGACUGAAGGGUCCUUGUGAAGGGGAUUGUGCAUAUUUUGGCUUAAUAUAUGGUCAUUGUUGAGCAUAGUAGUUCUCUUCAGAGGCAAUAUGCCUGGUUAGGUGACUGAGUGAUGAUAAACGUGAUGACCUUUUAAAGGAACUUUCUUACCUUCACUGACAGCUAUUCUUUUAAUACCUAACAACUCACCUGGAAAGAACAGGUUCAAAUCUCACUUCCCCUUGUCUGGUUCAAAAUCUGUAAAUGUUACUAAGCCCUGGCCCUCAGACUGACCAAAAAUUCCAAAUUCCUAUUCAUGUUUUCUCUGUUAAUGCUAAAGAAUUCUUAUUCUGCUCUAAGCUGCAGUGAGCUGGAGGGGGACAUGCAGAUCAGCCAGUCACAUAUCCCUGCCUUGGGCAAGUCAAAGACACAACCCCUUCUGUGGGUAUCUUCCCAUGCCAAUUUAGAAAGCCUAUUCUUGGUAAUUAACCAAUGUUCUGGGGCUUAAAUGCCGGUGAAGUUAGCAAGUUCUGCUGCCCUAUGUAGUUAGGUGCUUGAGUAACAUUUGUCUAAAUUGGACUGGGUACUGGGUGAUUUUGGAAGGACACCACCCACUGAGAUUGUGGUCAUAGAUUUACACCCAGGGUAUAAAAUAAUCUUUCCCAAGGUAUUUGGUGAAGAUUUUCCAACUUAGAGCUGAAAUACCUCUAGAUCUGAUGACUAUGUACUGUGCUGUGCUAAAUUCCAGAAGAAGAUUUCUAGUUGUAACAAGACUGUGGAAAAGGGGGUGGUCAAACUGCCUCUUCUGGUGCCCUCCAGAUGUUUUGAACUACAACUCCCAUCAACACCAGCCCAGAUGGCCAAGAUUGUAGAGGAUGGGAGUUGUAACUGGAAACAUCCUGAGAGCAUCACAUUGAAAGGUUGGCCUAACAUUUCAAGAAAUCAUGGUGGUUCUGAAUCUGCAGUGAGGCUUUCUUCUGAUUAAACAUGUUCCAGAUUAUACAGUUUGAGUGAAAUUACAUAGAUAAUACCUGGGCCAAUUUGUAGUGGCUCAGUCUGUUAUUGUAAAUUAGUUCAAUCUGAAGCAGUGACAAGAUGUACUAUAGAUUUGAAACCCCCAUGGGAAUCUCAUAACCUUCUGACACCCUCUUUAGUGUCCACCAGGGUUUUUGGGUGUGUUUUUUUGUUUUUACUUUGUGCAGCUGGGCUGGCUGGGAAGUAAAGUGCAGUCCUUCAAUUGCCUUGCCCUUUUCCCUUUCCUCAGAGCCCCACACAGACUUUAUAAGAAAGGAAGAGGGUGUCGAGCCAAAGACUGGUGUUUUUCUUUCCAGUCCAUUCUAAAACUUUUUGAAAAACACCCUGCAUUGUAAGCAUGGGGGACGGAGGUAGUAGGAAGUAAGUUUUAUGUAUUUGGGGAAGAGGUUUUUUUAGCUUGUUUCUUUUGUGUGUGUGUCGGAGGGUUACCUUUUGUUCACAGAUAGUGGUGGAGGGUUUGUGUGUGUUGUCUGAUUUGUAUUGUGUUUUGUGGGGGAAUAUGUGCCUUCCUUACUUUUUUGGGGGGGGUUGGGGGUCUACAUGUCUCUUUCCUUUUUGAGAGGUUAAGAUGUGUCUGUUAAGGGCACACAUUUUUGUCUUGAGUCUUUUUUGGGGGGGAGGAUUAGCAUUAGUUUUGGGAUGAUUGGUGUUUUGUCUUGUAUGAAGAGGUUGUACAGUGGUACCUCAGUUUAAGAACAGCCCUGUUUACAAACUAUUCGGUUUACAAACUCCGCAAAACCGGAAGUAGUAUCCCAGUUUGCGAACUUUACCUCGGUCUAAAAACGGAAGCUGAACGGUGGAAGGGCACCGGCAGCGGGAGGCCUCAUUAGGGAAAGCAUGCCUCGGUUUAAGAACAGUUUCGGUUUAAGAACGGACUUCUGGAACGGAUUAAGUUUGUAAACUGAGGUACCACUGUACUCUGUUUCUAGAGCAAGUUAUUGGCAAUCCCCCACAGCAGUUUCUCAGAUUGCCAAAUGUGCCCCCAGAGCAAAAAAGGUUGGGAACGCCUGCAGUAGAUUUUGAGUUAUUUUUGUCCUUGCAUCUCUUCACUUAUAUCUCACCUGAGGGAGCUGUGUAGACAUUUGAAUGUCAGGAAGUGAUUAACAAACCAUGUUUGAUCGAAACAUAUUAAUAAUAUUUCAUCAGUCUUACUGAAGACAACAACAUUUCGUAAGCAGUAUUCUUCUAGUGUAGCUAUUAUCUCUAUUGAAAACUACUGUGCAUAUUUUAACCUGAUUACAUCAUCUUGGGUCAAAUAACUGUUUAAAUAAACUGGUAAGUUCAUAGCAUGGCAUAUGGUGAAUCAUUUAAUUCUGGAGAAAUUGUUGAUAUUUGAUAAUGUGGAAUUCUUUGCUCUCCCUCUCUCUUUAUAGGAUGCUCUUUAAAGAGAGUCGAAGUGUUCAUAAUCAUCUUACAUCUGCUCCGUGAGUGUAACAUAAGCAUAUAUCUAUAUAUAUACUCUUCUAUAUUCAUUUAUUUAGCUUUUCAUACUAUUGUUUGCAGACCCAUAAAGUGCUUGUCUGAGGCCCGGGGAUGGGAGGCUUGUUAGAAUAAAGUUUGAACCCGUGUAUUUUGUGUAGUUCAAAUUACUGGUGAAAUACAUUGUAUGAUAGUGUGCUUCAGUAUGCCAAGGGGAAAUCCCUCUGGAACUAGUCAAAUGUUGCCUGUAUAAUUCUAGAUUUUAAUCUACAAGUCAUACAUUUACCAGAUUGACAUCACAGAAUUAACUGGAUAUUAUUGCAAUGAAAUGUUGAAAGUGGAAGGAGGCGUUUGUGAGAAAGAUGAUGUUUGAAAUUAUUGAUCUAGAUCAGGCACCCCAACCUGCGGCCCUCCAGAUGUUUUGGCCUACAACUCCCAUGAUCCCUAGCUAACAGGACCAAUCCUGUGUGGGACUGCUUUGUAAAUGGCUUUCCUGCUUGUGAAGUUCAGUGGAGGCAUUGAUCCUGCAGGUUGUCAGGCAGGAAGGAGAGCUGCAGCAUCAGGCCUACCUUCCCCUAGGAAGACGCAGCCACUUAUCAGAGAGGUCUCUGCCUCCUUGUAUGGUUUUUCUGCCCUGCUUGUUCCUCGCUACUGCCUGAUACCCUGCCCCCUGACAGUCAUGGAUCUCUGGGCCAGUUCAAUACAACUCACAGCAACCUGUGGCUAUAUGUACCUGACUAGUCUGAGGCCCUCUCAAUAUGACUGAUUUGGCUCAGGCCUCAGAUCCAGGACAGAGUGCUAGUAAUCACAAAUAUGCAUAUUUACAAAUUUUCACCAUUUUCAUUAUGAAAACUCAGUACUCCAGUAGGGGGUCAGCUUGUAUUCAAAAUACAGUUGUUAAAUGAACUGUCUCAAGAGGAGGACCAAAAUUUAGACUUGGCAUAGUUGUGCUUCAUGUGGAUAUGAGACUAUUUUCUGUUUCUUUCUCUAAUGGUGUCCACACAACAUGAACCUCAAAGUUCAGUAAGUUGGUGAGUUUAAAGAUCAACAAAUGGAUUUUGUGGAGCCACCUUCUCAGAAGCAAAUUAUAGUCAAAAUCCUGGGUGCAUGCAUAUUUGCAAAAUCUCCCCUAGGUUUCAAUUAAGUUGUGUUUCCACUUUUUUCUCUUUGAACGUGUCUGCCCAUACCUAGCCAGCCUUGUGUUUAUGGCCAACAGAUUUAAGGCCUUUCAUAGGGCUCUGACACUUCUAAUUAAAAAUCAUAGAUUGCCCUCUAACUAUAAAUUUGUGCUCACUAGGGCAAAGAAGAAGGUGAUUCUGGCACCUAAACCCAAAGCAAAGGUAAGUAAUAAGUCAAACUGAAGAAAUAGAUAGUAAUAAAAAUUCAGCAAGAUGUAAAGUUUCACAGAUCUGAAACUUUAGCACUUAAUCCACCCAUCUGGCUUUUUAUUUCUCACCUUUGUAUUGCAUGCUUUCAUCAAGGAUCUCAAGGCAAUAUACAUGGCGUGCUACCUUUACACCAAUCUUCUGAGAUACAUAAAAAAAAUUAAAAAUUGUCCAGUAGUACCUUAGAGGCCAACUAAGUUUGUUCUAAGUACAGUGGUGCCUCGCAAGACGAAAAGAAUCCGUUCUGGGAGUCUCUUCGUCUAGCGGUUUUUUCGUCUUGCGAAGCAAGCCCAUUGACGGGAUUAGCGGAUUAGCGCUAUUAGCGGCUUUUAGCGGCUUUUAGCGGCUUUUAGCAGCUUAUCAGCUUAUCGGAUAAGCAGAUAAGCGGCUUAGCUACUUAGAAAAAGAGGGGGGAAAGGAAAAAAAAACACCAGGAACUCGCAAGACAGUUUCGUCUUGCGAAGCAAGCCCAUAGCAGAUUCGUUUUGCGAGGCACCUCCAAAACGGAAAACUCUUUCGUCUAGCGAGUUUUCCGUCUUGCGAGGCAUUCGUCUUGCGGGGCACCACUGUAUAAGCUUUCGUGUGCAUGCACACUUCUUCAGAUACCAUGUGUGCAUGCACACGAAAGCUUAUACCCAGAACAAACUUAGUUGGUCUCUAAGGUGCUACUGGACAUUUUUUUUUUAUUUCAACUGCGUCAGACCAGCAUGGCUACCUACCUGAAUCUUCUGAGAUUCGUUAGACUGAAAGAUAGCCCAGGGCUACCCAGAUCCCCUUUUUGUCAGCAAAUGAAAAAAUUGCUGAGCAGUGCGGUCUUCAUGAAAAGCUUGCUGCAGAGUUGAUUGCUCCAUGGGUAAUAAUUUUAAGGUAUAUAAUUCCUUCCAGAGCUUGUAGAAUUUGUAUGAUAUCUGGAAGGUUCAAUGUACUUACACUCGAAAAUGUGCAUCUGAGGCUCCUCUUGAUAUUUUUACUGAUGCAAAACUGGAUAAUAUUACAUAGUGUUUUCGUUGCAGCCCAGAAGCUGAGACAAAAUUAGGGGAGGAAAUAUAUUUAAGCAAUAUUACUUUUUGGUGACACACUAUAGUUCAUGCAUCUUAAUGGUAAUUGAUUCAGUUAAGAAUAUUGGCUUUCUUCUGCAAUAAAAAAGAGAUUGCAUCAUGUUGUAUUAUGAGCAUUCUAGAAAUUAGUGUCAUGAAGUCUUUUAUUAACUAUUAAUUGGUAUGACCUUUAAAAUGGAUUUGUUGUCUAGCACUCAAAGUCAUGUGAUGGGAGACAGAUCUAUACAGUAUUUUUAAGGUUGGCCUAUCCCAGUGAUACCAAAGAUAAAGUGUUUAGCACACACGGGAUACUAAGCUAUGUCCCCAUAACUGUUUUUCCCCUGCAACUCCUUCCACAGACGAAAGUCAGACUUCCUUUUGAUGUCCAUUCCUGGUCGGUGGAAAAGAGAUAUCAGAAAAUUGAUUGUGGAAAUAAGAAUAGUGGGAACCUUUAGUCAUCCCUCAAGCCCUAUAUAUAUUUAAAAUCACAGCCCCAUGUUCACUUAAGAUAUGGAGCAGACCCAUAUUGAGUCUCAUGCUCUACCGACUGAGCUAUCCCCAUAUGUCUACUAUUAUCACAUUUUUUCUUGAGUCUCAAUUUUAUACCCUGCCAUACUUUGUAAUGGAAACUCAAGGUAGAGAACAAUAUAAAAACAGUUAAAUUACAAUGGAAAAUGGACCACAAUAUAUACUAGUAACAUUUAAAAUAAAGCCAUUUAAUCCAACCUGAUCAAGUCAAAAACGGAAUUAAUUAUAUUUUUAAAAUAACACAAUUUAUGGUUCAUGCAUGCUUUCUUGUGGACUGAGUUCCAAAAGUGAGAAACAUCACAGCAUGUCCUAAACAAAUUUAUUUCUUGGACAGAAGGUAUUUAGAACAGAGCACCUGUAGCAGGGCUUAGUGGCCUCAUAUGGGAGUAAUCUCUCUUUUUAACAGAUUCAGUAGUAGCUUUAGGUUUUCUUUUAAAUAACUACAACCCUGCAGGGCUUAAAAAAUUAAAACUGAUAAGCAAGUAUACUUGUUUUUGCAAUCUGGUAUCAAAUAAACUACAGUAAUGGAACCAUGCAUGAUUACAAACAGGCAAGACACAAGCAUUCUUUGAAAUUUCUUCCUUCUUACUUGCAGAAUGAUAUUUUAAUUUUCAUUAUUUCUUCACACUAGGAUUCUAGUCCAAAGAAGGAACAAAGAGUCUGUACCCCUUUUACUUCAGCUUGUGUUCCUGCUUCAAGUACCAGCACACCUGUCACUGCCCUGGCCAGUUCUAGCUGUAAUCCUACUCCGGAGACCAUCUGCCUAGAUGAUUCACUGGAUGAAGAUCUCUCCUUCAAUCCACCAUCAUUGGAAUCCAUUUCUGAUGUUCUGGCUGUUAUUAACAAUGGAGCCAAGAGUUCUCCUGUUGUGCCCUCUGUAGAGACACCAACUUCAAGACCUCGGCCUGGGCUGAGAGAAGAGAAGUUAGCAAGUAUAAUGAGCAAGUUACCUCUGUCAUCUUCAAAAAAGGUAGAGACUGUUCAAACACCACAUUCUUCAAGUCUUAUAGCUGGGCACACAGGACCAGGACCAAAGAAAUCCCAGGAUUUACUUCAGACUGGUAUCUCUUCAGGCCUUAUUGCUGGGUCUUCAAUUCAGAAUCCCAAGGUUUCCUUGGAGCCCUUGCCAGCCAAGCUUCUGCAACAAGGAUUACAGAGGUCAAGCCAGAUUCAAGCUGCUUCCUCUUCACAGGCCCACAUUUCUUCCUCCUGUAAGAUCCAAGCCACAGCUUCCUCUGCUUCUCAGAGACCAAAGGAUACGUCUGUCCUUGUAUCCUCUUCAGAAGCCCACGGUUGUGGCUCUUCAGCAUUACAAAUAACAAAGGUUCACCAGCAGUCAGCUGCCCAACAAAAAUAUGUGUCUCCUCUACAAGCAACUAUUAGUAAAUCUCACACCAAUCCUGUGGUGAAACUAAGUAGCAACCCUAAACUCUCUUGUUCGUCCCCAAUUACCAAGACAUCAGAUAAACCAGUAACAUACCGCCUUCCUUUGACUAGCACCACGUCUGGGAGUAGUUCCCAGAUGGCUCACCCACUUGUGUCUCGGACAGCAUCCAGCACCUCUACCUCUAGUAACUAUUUAGCCAAGACCAUGGUAUCACAAGUUUCUGCCCAGGGUUUCAAGCCUCCUUUCUCCAUGGGGGUUCCUUCCCCCAAACCUGCUGCCUCUCCUAAGCCCACAGCACCCAAGCCUUCUGUAACACCCAAACCUAUUUUGUCACCUAAACUAUCCUCAUCGAGGUCCACUUCAACACCCAAGCCUCUAUCAUCUUCCAGUUCUUCCAGUUCAAGUGCACUAGUAUCCCAGAGUGGUCACUCUAGCAGCAACAAUUCCCUUCACAAACAGCCCAGUGGAGCAAAUGUCAGCAGGCAGUCUCCUACAAUUAAUUUACUGUCCUCUAACCGCACCUCAUGCCUUCAACCAGCAAAGAACCCUCAGGCUCCUUCAAAAUUGUCCAACUCUUCUGCCUCUGGAACUGUUGGCAAAAGCAAUUUAAGUGGAGUUGGAAUGAAUGUACCUGUCAACAGAGGCAGCACUCUUAAUUCAAGUGGAGCUAAUAGGACUAGUAUCUCUGGGGCAGCAGGAAGUGGAACACAGGGUGCUACUAAACAAUUGUCAACUCCACACAGACCAUCUUCUGCCUCGGGGUCUACAGUUAUACCAGCCAGUGUGCAGGUAUGUGUUGAAUGUGAAAGCUCAUUAUAGGCAUAACAUGUGUAUUCUAUUUUGGGCUAUUUAUCCUUCCUUAUAAAUGUAAUUACACUAAUAGUGCAAUUCUCUACAUGUCUAUUAAGAAGUAAGCCUCAUUGAGUUCAGUGGAACUAACUCUUUAACUUAGCAUGUGUAGGAUUACAUCCUAAAUGUAAACAGAAACCUUCACACUGAUGAGAGGGUAUGAAGCUCUAAAGUUCAAAAGAGACAAUUUGCACCCUAAGGGUGGAACUGCACAUUGUGUGACACUGAAAACAGCAGCCUAUGUUGGCUUUUACUCAGUAAAGUGCUCACCCCAUUUUGCGGUGUGAUUAUUUUGUGUAUUUCUCUGCCCUGCCAGUGGCAGCAAGUGAUGUGAGAUAGGGGUAUAUAUGUGAUUUGUAUCCCACAUAUCCCUUAUGUGAUUCACAGUAUAGAAUAAGUGAGAAUUUAUUAUAUUUGAAGUAGGUGGGGAAAACCCUAGUCACUCUUGGCAUAAACGAGACAUUUGUUUAGCACAAUACACAGUGGGAGCAAACUUCAGCAUAUUUACAGUAGCAUGUUGAGAUUUGUUUCAAGACUAAUUCACAUUACAUGGAAAAAGCAGUUUCAUGUGAGAAACUCUUUUUCAUUUUUCACUCCCCUCUCUGUUUUCUUAUUUUAAUCAACAUCUUCUAUCUUUUUGUUAUAAAAGUGUUAUUUUAAAUUUGUAUAUUACUUUAGACUUGAACAUAACCCAGGUAAGCAAGCCAAAGCAAUUCUGGUGCUACAGUGUUUUUCUGUGAUGUUUGCUACAAGUUCUAUCUACUAAUAUUCAUUCUAGUCUAUAAUUUCCUAUAUGGAAUAGGCCUCACCAUCUCAUGAGUUAAACACACACGAGUUAGUCCAUAUUGUCAGUCUGAACAAUUUUAAUCAAUGGUGCUUGUCUGAUGUUUUAUUACUCUUCUGUUGUAUCCUGCCAUAAUUUAAGCAGCAAUCAUUUUUAUUUCCUUAAAUGUAGCAUUACUUAAAGUAAAGCAUUGCUUAUAAAAGCAACUGUUCCCAAAAUUAAUAUUUAUUUGGUCCCUUCUUCUAUAUAACUGCUUCAGACUCCAUGUCUGCUACCACUUUCUUAAUGAGGGGCCUUGGGCAGAAAAAGCAGCUAAUACUAUGCUUGUCAGCCUCCCUUUCAUCCAGUGGUAGGACCUACAGCCAGUGUAGCUAUACUGUAAGCCUUCUUACCUGCGGUCCUUCAUCUAAAAGCCUAACUCGGCUUUCACUGUAAUAUUUUCUGCUUCUACAUUUCCUUCUUUGUGUAUCAAAUCUUCCAAGAGCUUUCUGAACUUCAUACAUUCAUACCAUUUUAUGUAGUCCUUUUCAGCAUUUACUGUGUUAGUUUCUAGAGCAUCCGUUUAUUGACACACAGCUGGCUUGCAUAUAAUGCUAAGCCAAAAAAAGUCACAAAUGUGUGAGGGUUCCUGAGGAGAUUGCAGCCGCUGGCUAUUACCAGCAGCGUACUGCAGCACUAUCUUCCACUGACCCAUAGUUUAUUGUGCGAAGCUGGUAGCUCAACAGUUGCAGAGCCUGGCAUAGCCUGGCAGAUUGGGCCAACUCAUCCGAACCCCACCCAGUAUUCUCUUGCCAUAGUUUUAGCACACACUCAAAGAUUGCUGCAUUUGAUUCUUGUCUGUUCUUCCUAUAUUUCUAUGUUCAGGGUGAAGUGAACAUGUUAGAAUGGUAAUACAUAUAAUAAAUUAUGAUAACUGCAGAAAUCCUUCCCUUCUUGUACUAGGGUUUCUUGGUUAUAGCUGCUUUGUUCCCUAAACUGGUACUGCAAUCCUGAGUACACUUACUGGGAUAAGCCCCCUUGAACUCCUUGGGACUUACUUCCAAGUAAGCAUACAUUAAAUUGUGCUAUGAAAUAAUUUAUGCCUUCAGUAACACUGUUACAAAAUCUUGAAUUUUAAAUGUAAGUGCAAUGGAUGCAAUGCUGUGGGAAAGAGAAGCUGAGGGAAUGGUUGAAGCAUUAUAAAACUUUCCCAUUUAAAACUAUUAAUUGUUGAAACAGUAACUUACACUAAUGGCAAGACAAAAAGGGAACACAGCACUCACUGCUACCUGAAUAUUUUAUAAAGUUGUACCAGAAGCCACAUAGGCAAUGUGUAGAAAAGCAUGACCCUUGUUUAGGUAGUAAAACUUCAGAUAUUUAUAUAAUUAACCUUAUUUUCUUGGGUGUGUCCCAGAAAAGCUGUAAAACAGAUUUAAAAGUAACACUUGUCUCUAUACAGUCAACAACAGGUGCAUCAUUACUGGCAAAUGCUUCACCUUUGACGCUCAUGACAUCACCCCUGUCUGUAACCAAUCAGAAUGUGACAUCUGCUCCAUUGGCUCCUUUUGGGAUGCUGGGUAGCCUUGUUCCUGUGACUGUGCCCUUUCAGUUCCCAUUGGAACUACUUGGCUUUGGAACAGACACAGCUGGAGUAACAACCAACUCGGGAUCUACCUCAGCGGCUUUCCACCACAGCCUAGCGCAGAGUAAGUAAGGCUAGAUAUUUUUCCCAUCCAAUUUCUUUAAGCCUCCUUUCACAUAAACACUGUAAUUGCAAGGAAAAUGCAGGGAUCUCUAGAAAUACUUCACAGUUUGUAGGUGAGGGUUUUAUUUUUUGGUUGCUGUUAAUGGCUAUUUUUAAACUCUCAAUAUUAUGUGUGUAAAUGUGUAUGUUUUUCCACAUUAUGUGCAUACUGAUUUUUUACUUCCUUUCUGGAUGAAGUGCCCUGUGAUAAUUGGAAUUUGAGAAAUUUUUGUUUAUAAAGUGGGACAAAACCCUAACAUUCUGCAUCCCAGAAAAUCGAUUAAAAUGAGCACCAUAGCUUACAAUCGAAAAUAAGCUUUGCCUUUGAUAUUGUAAGUGCAUCUUUUGUAAGCAGUUUUUUCCCUUCCUAUUUACCAAAUGUAGAUUUCAGUAUUUGUUUGAUAUUAGACUUGGAACAUUUAAUAUUAGUUUCUUGGGAAGUCUUAAGUUAACACAUUUAUUUAGCUAUAUUUCUUGUUCCACUACCACAGGAUAGCAUAUAUUAAAAACAAAAGUUGUAUCAAACAGGAUAUUUCCUUAAUUAGGUUGCAUACUUGGCAUUUUAAAGAAAGUAUCUGUUACAUUUACUGAAAGAACAUAUGCAUAUUGAACUGGUAACCAUUACUGAAGAUGUUUUGGACAAAAAUAAGUAAAGCUGCUUUGUGUAUUUAUGCAAAGUAGAUUGUUUGCAUCAAUUAGCUCUUAAUUUUUGUGGUUGUAUUUGUUUUUUAUUAUCCACGCUACUUCAGAUUUACUGAAGAGCUUACCGCCUGGAGCUCAGCAUGCAACAGCGCUAUCUCACACACCUCUGCCUGCUCACUUGCAGCAAGCUUAUACAGGUAAGGAAAAAGAUCUUGUCUUUUUAAAAGAAAAAGAAAGUGAAAUAACACUUUUUAAAAGUGAAAGAACAAUUUUCUCAUCAUGGCUUAAGUCUUUUGUAAUUCUACAAUAGUGAAAACUGCUGUAGAAUCUGUUUUUCCAACAUUUCCAUGAUGGCAGCUGCCAGAAGUACUCCAGAAAACCCUAGGACCUAGCAAUGGCUUCUGAGAAUGCUUGAGGGCCUGUUUAUCUCUACAUCUCAAGGAGAAUUCUCAACUUGGGAUGAAUAUUGGGUUUUCACCUACUUUCAUUAUCUGUCACUGCAUAUAUAAAAUAACAAGUGAACUGAGCUCUUUCAUAAGGCAUUUUUCUCAAAUAAAUAUUUCUCAGAAAGAAUUGGAGUGGAAUUUCAACGAAACAGACCAAUUAACCUAUCUCCCACAUUCUUGCUUCUGGAGUCAGGUGCUGGGAUACUGGCAUAUCUGGCAUGGCUAGGCCUCUUAGUAUUUGCCUACUUGCUAAGUUUUGUCUUUGCCAGUUUUGAACCCAGCUGUACUAUUGGAAUGUACCACAUAAUGUGGCAAUGAAUUCCACAAAGGUGUUGCAUGAAAAUUGUUUUUGUUGUAAAGGCUGCCAAGUGGGAAUGCAGGUUUCCAUCAUAUAACAUACAUUUCGUGAGAGUAAUUUACAUAAUAAGACAAUUUACCUUAUAUGAAUCCCCCCCUUUCAUCUUCAAAUUCCAGAUGGAGGCCAAAGUAAAGGGGACACUAAGUUACAGAGGAAAACCCAGUGA